AUGCCUGUCUAUGUUUGUGUUUUCGUCUGCAUGAGCACAAAAGCAGCGCAUCUGGAAUCAGUCUGUGAUCUCUCAACAAAUGCGUUCAUAGGUGCUUUGCAUAGAUUUGUGGCCAGAAGAGGUUUGGCAGCAUAUAUCUAUUGCGAUCAGGCGUCGAAUUUCAAAAAAGCAGUAAAUCUUUUCGAAAAGCUUUUGUCUCCUUCAAAUUCUGAGUUAAUUCAGUUUUCUCAUGAGGAGAAAAUUGAAUUUCAUCUCAAUGUUCCUACGGGACCUCACUUUGGAGGCAUCUGGGAGGCAGUGGUGAAGAGUUUCAAGUUUCACUUAAAACGAACGUACGGUCUAAAUGUUCUCACUCAAGAAGAAUUUAAUACCUUGAUCGCACGGAUAGAAACUGUUUUAAAUUCUAGACCUUUAACUGCUCUAUCGUCAGAUCAUAGGCAUCUUUUGGCUCUCACUCCGGGUCACUUCUUGAUUGGGCGUCCUUUCGGAGCGUUACCCAAUAAACAGUAUGAUCCAGACGAUCCUCCUAUUCUUAGAAGGUGGCAUUUGGCAGAGUUAUUGGUUCAGCAAUUUUGGCGAAGGUGGCACAUAGAGUAUCUGCAUACCUUACUGCCGAGGGGAAAAUGGUGGGAGAAGGAGGACUCUUUGAGAGAGGGGCAACUAGUGGUAUUACACGAUCCCUCUACCCCUCCUUCACGGUGGAACUUAGGACGAGUUAUUCAACUUCACCCUGGAAGAGACGGCCACACUCGAGUGGUAGAUGUUCGUACGGCCUGUGGAACACUUCUUCGUCCAGGAGUGAAGCUAUUCCCUUUACCGGUUGCCGAGAAUUUAACCAACUAA